GUUUAAUCCUUUCCUGUGGGUCAUACAUACUCACUGGGAAUUAAAUGUUGUCAGACUUCACUGCAGGGUUCAAGUUCUGGCAGAAAUGCAAAGAGGUGGAGCAAAAGGCCCACUGACCUCAGAAGCUGGAACACACUCUUUAAAUAUGAGGGUCAGUUUGAAAGAUUAACACCAGCAAGCUGCAUCUGCACAGCAUCCCAAGUAAAAGUUCUGUUUACUUUUUAACUGUCCUCAUUUUCCAGUCAGCUCAACCAAAAUAAGGAAGAAAUGGAUAUCAAUUCAACAGGCUUGGUUCCGCUUCACCAGACCAGCAGCAGAAAAAGGUUGGAUCAUAAGCAGGAAACGAUCUGUAUUUUUGGCACUGGGGACUUUGGAAGAUCCUUGGGCAUGAGGCUGCUCAAGUCAGGCUACCCGGUGGUCUAUGGUAGCCGAGAUCCCAGGAACUCUACAUUGCUGCCAAGUGGAGCACAAGUGUUUAGCCAUGCAGAGGCCCUGAAUACAUCCAAGAUCGUUUUCUUGGCAGUUCACAGGGAAAACUAUGAUUUCAUUUCAGCCCUAUCUGACCAGCUGGAUGGGAAGGUGCUGGUCGAUGUGAGCAACAACCUCAAAAUGAAUCAAUAUCCUGAAUCCAAUGCACAAUAUCUGUCCCAGUUGGUUCCCAAAGCCAAUGUGGUGAAGGGAUUCAACACAGUUUCAGCCUGGGCUCUGCAGUCAGGGAGUUUGGAUGCCAGCAGUCAGGUUUUUGUUUGUGGGGAUGACAAUCCAUCUAAGCAACUGGUGAUGGAUGUUGCCAGGAGCAUCAGCCUCACUCCUCUUGACCAGGGAUCCCUUCUGGCAGCUGAAGAACUGGAGAACUACCCUCUUCAGCUCUUUCCAAUGUGGAGACUACCACUUUAUAUAACAGCUGGUCUCACAGUAUUCUUCUUCUUAUACUAUGUGGUGCUUCAAGUGAUCUAUUCUUAUGUAACUAAGAACACUGAUCAGACCUAUCGGAUGAUGAUUUCCAUACCCAAUCAUGUUUUUCCAAUUGUCUCUCUCAUUCUGCUUGGCUUGGUUUAUCUGCCGGGUGUCAUUGCUGCCUUCAUUCAGCUCUGCAGAGGGACAAAGUACAAGCGAUUCCCUGACUGGCUCGACCGGUGGAUGUUGUGUCGAAAGCAGCUUGGGCUUGUAUCGUUUGCCUAUGGCUUCCUUCAUGUUUUCUACUCAUUGGUCAAGCCACUCAGAUAUACAUACUAUUGGAGACAAAUUAAUCGUAUUGUAUAUCAGGUGCAAAAGAACACAACCACAGAGUUGGAGAUGAAAUGGGCUUGGCGUAGUGAUUUGUUUUAUGCACUCGGAAUUUUAGGCUUUUUUGUUUUCUGCUUACUUGGAGUAACAUCCCUCCCAUCUGUCAGCAAUACAAUGAACUGGCAAGAAUUCAGAUUUGUUCAGUCAAAGUUGGGUCAUGUCACGCUGCUUCUGUGCACAGCUCAUGCUGGUGUACUUGGAUGGAAUUUCUUUCUAAAAUCUACAAGGUAUACAUGGGGUCUUCCGCCAGGGUACAUGCUGUCCAUGGUGAUUCCCUGCAUUGUACUGAUUCUAAAGCUGAUUCUGAUAACGCCAUGUGUAGACAGAAUGGUCACAAAAAUCCGACAGGGUUGGGAAAGGAAAAGAAAACACUCAGGCAACCUAAAAGUUUGACCAAAAUGUAUUCUGCCUGAAUAAUGCUGUCUUGAAAAUUCAUAUUUAGCCUGUUCUAAAUAAAAGUUUUGGAAAAGUGUUAGACACUGGAAUCAGAUACUCCAAACAUCUAUGUUGCUUUAAAUAUUUUAAUUUCUGACACACUUCUAGAAACUAAGUUCUCUUAAAUCCCAAUACUCCCUUUCUCUCCUCACAUUCCCUCUAGUCUGACACUAAUGUUACCAUUGAUCUAACAGUCACCUAUAUAACUAUCACCUACUUUAACUUAAUUGGCAUUAUAGAAAAUAUAAUAACUUGUGUUGAUAUAUCUCAUUAUCUCUGAAAUAUUUACCUUUACUGACAAUGUAAGAGUUGUCAAUAACAGUCCAGCAUUUGAAGACACUGCUAAAAAGCAUCUGGAGAGAUUGAAGAUCAGUCUAAUACCAUCUGUUCUACACAAACAUAAUCUUUCCAAGUGAUUAUAACAGUAAAUUAUUUGUUCUCUUGAAUGUGCUUCAGAUCUCAAUACCAUUUUGAUGUUGAUAUGUUCAGUAUCUGCAAUGUGCAAGCUCCAUUAAGCCAGCACAUACAUUAAUCAAACUAGCAGUGCCUAUGGGCGGCAUGGUGGCACAGUGGUUAGUACUGCUGCCUCACAGCGCCAGAGACCCGGGUUCAAUUCCCAUCUCAGGCGACUCUCUGUGUGGAGUUUGCACAUUCUCCCCGUGUCUGUGUGGGUUUCCUCCGGGUGCUCUGGUUUCCUCCCACAAUCCAAAAAUGUGCAGGUUAGGUGAAUUGGCCAUGCUAAAUUGCCCGUAGUGUUAGGUGAAGGGGUAAAUGUAGGGGAAUGGGUCUGGGUGGGUUGCGCUUCGACGGGUCGGUGUGGACUUGUUGGGCUGAAGGGCCUGUUUCCACACUGUAAGUAAUCUAAUCUAAUAAAAAACUGGAGAUGCCUUCAAAAUUCCUAAAAGUGAGUGGUUUUAAGACUUCUCUUGGCCCCAGAAGAAAUACCAAGCUCUCUGCUGGAACCUCCAUAACAACCUCUCAGCCUAUCAUCCUUCCGCACAAAUUCCUUUACUUCACCUGAACUUCUUUCUCAGGUGAAAAUUGGGUCUACAAUGGAACUGCUGGAUUUGCUUACCUUCAUCAAGCACCCCAUCCUAUCAGUAAGUGCCUGUCAGAGGUAGCUCACUGAUCAUGUUCUAACAUAUCUUAGAAGUAACCUAGACUUUGAUGAAGCAUGAUCAGAUAAGUUAUGGGAGAUCAACCUCUCAGCUAUCCACUACUCAUCUGAUAAAUAAAUUGAUUGAAUAUGGAACUGGGGUAUUAGAUGUCAUUUUUGUUGAGCCUCAGUAGUAUUACAGUGACAUUGUUAUUGAGACAGAUCAUUUUUUAAAUUUACUAUAAUAGUCUUUCAAACUAUAUUCAGCCAAAUACAUAUAAAGGUGCAUUUAUUUGUAAUGUCAUCUCACAAAAAUGGGAUAAAAAUUACUCAGGAGAAAGUGAGGACUGCAGAUGCUGGAGAUCAGAGCUGAAAAUGUGUUGCUGGAAAAGCGUAGCAGGUCAGGCAGCAUCCAA